AGAAUCAUCGAAGAGCUUAUUCUGGAGUUACUCUACUGAAGAUAUUCUGAUUGUGCCUCAUCAGUUGUUCAACAGAGCUGAACAUUAUGGUGGAUGAGCCGGAUAGGUUUUAUUAUAUCUACAGCUGUGAUUUAAAUGUUGAUGUACAGAUAAAAGUUGGAACAGUCGAAGGCAAGAGAAGGAAACUGUCACAUAAGAUACUGCUUCAGGAACCCCAUCUGCGUUUUUCUGGGUUGUAUGAGAAUAAGUGCUCUGAUCUGUAUGUGACUUGCCAGAUCUUUUCUGAUGGAAUUCCUUUGACACUACCAUGCUGUACUUCAUACAAAUCCUUUAACUCAAGAUGGAACUGGAAUGAAUGGCUUACACUUCCUGUGAAAUACAGUGAUUUACCCAGAAAUGCAAAGUUUGUUUUUACUGUCUGGGAUGUGUAUGGACCACGGAAAACAAUGAAAGUAGGAAAGGCUGCUGUUUCUCUUUUUGGAAAGCAUGGUACCUUUCGUCAAGGCAUGCAUGACCUUAAGGUUUGGCCGGAGGUGAAUGAUGAUGUUGGAAUGAUGACCAAAGUAUCAAAACCAAAUGAAGAAUGUUCAGAACAGAUGUCUUGUCUCAGUAAGCUCACAAAGAAACAUCGCAAAGGCCACAUGUUAAAGGUGGAUUGGUUAGACAGACUUACAUUUCGAGAAAUUGAAAUGAUAAAUGAGAGAGAAAAGAGAGACUCCAACUUCAUGUACUUGAUGGUUGAAUUUCCAAAGGUGCACUACAAUGGAACACAUUCAUUCUCCAUUGUUCAUUAUGAUAUGGAUGCAGAAGAGAAGGUAACAGUAAAAAAUUAUGCUGACAUUGUCACAGUGCCUGACCCAGAAAUGCUGAUGGAAAACGUUGUUGAGGCAAAGCACCAUACCCUUGCUCGAAGUGAAAGAAGUUGUCUUACAGACAAAGAUCUCAAGCCAAAUGCAUCAAUACGAGAUCAAUUAAAUAGUAUUGUUGCUUAUAACCCCACUAAAGUGUUGUCGUCUGAAGAAGCUGACCUUGUGUGGAAAUUUCGGUUCUAUCUUACCAAUCAGAAGUCUGCUCUGACAAAGUUCUUGAAGUGUGUUAACUGGGAUGUCACUCGUGAAGCAAGGCAGGCUAUUGAGUUGCUACGAAAGUGGAAUCCCAUUGAUGUGGCUGAUGCCCUAGAGCUCUUGUCACCACAAUUCAAAAAUCCUACCGUGAGAAGAUAUGCAGUCAGCAGACUAAAGCAGGCUGAUGAUGAGGAACUUCUGCUGUAUCUGCUGCAAUUGGUGCAAGCUUUGAAAUAUGAGAACUUUGAAGAUAUUAAGACGGUUCAGACAGCAAGUUCAAGCAAGACAGGAUAUGGAGUGUAUUUGGAGUCUACUGCUGAAAGAGAAAGAAGUAUUUUGGCACACCCUCUUGCUGAGACUCCAGACACGACCUCCCCUGUGACUCUAUAUCCGACCACCUUCACUCAAGAACAACAUCCUUCAACCCGAGUUGAUGAAGUAAGUGUGAACAAGAGUACAAAUAACUGUUUUGGGUUUUAAAAAGCUAGCAAAAUAUUUCAUUACAGGUAUUCAAAUUUAGGAGCGCACUGAAAACUCAUCUACAUGUAUUACCAAAAAAUGAGAAAAUACUGAAUUAGAACAACGGGAGUAAACAAACAAAAGUCUUUAAAAAAAGAAUUAUAAUCUUAAAAACAUUUAACCAGUUAGUAAACAAACUUAAUAAAUAGAAAUCCAGAAGUAUUAAAAAUGCA